AUGUUAGGAAUACGCAAGAAGAUGUUUGCCGUAUUUGAAGAGUCGGGGAUUUUCAUCGCUUCGUGCCGACAUCAUUUUGUGCUUCUGGCACCUUGUUUUGAAAUCAUUUUGUUUGCACUAAUGCAUUUCGGCAGUACAAAAUAUCUGUUGGCAAUCAUUGACAAGCUACUUACUGUGUAUGGCCAAAAUGGAGGUUGCGCUUACAAUAUUGGUUGCACCUUCUCAAAAACUUUAACCAAUAGCACAUUGGGUCCUUGUGCACACAAUCUUGGCUUUCAGAUGAUGGUUGGUGCCUUCCAUGGCCAUGCGCACAAUUGA